AGCGUCUUUUCUGUUCUGCAAGCUCUUCACUUUGGUUCUGGUGUUUAGGCUCAGAACCAGUCCAGAAAACAAAGUAUGGCCGACGUUUUGGAUUUGGAAGGCGGAGAAGCCGAGUUUGAGAUAGAUGAAGUCGGUGAUGAGGGACUUCAGAAAUUGAAAGAAAAGGCCAAAAAGAGGAAAGGAAGAGGUUUUGGUUCAGAAGGAACAACCCGCAGUGGAGUGGAAGAUUAUGAAGCAAUGGACGUUGAAGCAACAUCAGAAGAUGGUGGACCAGGUCCCCAAAGAUCCAUUGAAGGAUGGAUCCUGUUUAUCACUGGUGUUCAUGAAGAGGCACAAGAAGAUGAUGUUUAUGACAAGUUUGCAGAUCAUGGGGAAAUAAAGAAUCUACAUCUCAAUCUGGACAGACGAACAGGUUUCUUAAAGGGUUAUGCACUGUUAGAGUAUGAGACAUUUAAAGAGGCACAGAGUGCCAUGGAUACUCUCAAUGGAAGUGAAAUCCUCGGACAGAAAAUCAGCGUCGACUGGGCUUUUGUGAGAGGAGCACGAAAAACUAAGAGCCGGAGAGAAGAGAGGAAUAGACGAAGAUGAUUUGCUCAUUAUUAUCAGUGUUUGGUGUACAUGUCAUUUAUGGGAGAAGCAAAUUAUCGCUUCAUUUCCAGGAACUUUUCAUUUUAACAGAAAUGACUUUUUUUGGUAGAAAUGUCUACCACUGUGGUCAACACAGAGUGGCUGAAAGAAUAUUAUGUGAAUUUAAGAAAAAAUUUAUUUUAGACUGGAAUUUAUUUCAGUAGUUUUUCUCUCUGUAGAAUAUCUUCAGUACAUACAAAAAUUUUAAGUCUGAUUUCAAGAAACAUGUGAAUCUUUGUAAAAAAAGGUAUUUUAAUGAAUUCAGUACAUACAAAAAUUUUAAGUCUGAUUUCAAGAAACAUGUGAAUCAUUGUAAAAAAGGUAUUUUAAUGAAAUCAAGUUUUCAUGUUACAAAAUUGCGGUUUGUAUAGAUUUUCAUUUGUUUCGAUAACUUGAGUAGACUUAGCAAAAUAAGACCUCUUUUCUUGAAGCAUGCCAGGUUUAAUUUGCCAACUUUUGAUUUACUUUUAGCUCAGCUUUUUAAGAUAUUGUGUAAUUUGAAAUAGUUUUAUUAUAACGUAAAAGGAAAGAAAACCAAGAUGAAAGUAAUCAUAUUUCAGAUGAAAUUAAAUUUUUCUGUGAUGUUAUUUACUAGGGCAAGAAAGUUAAUAAUAACAAUGAUUCAGAGAAUGUAAAUAAGAACUCUUAUUGAGGAGCUGGCAUGUACAAGACCUGUACUUUCAGAGGUUAAUAUUUAAUCUCCCGCCACGAGUGGUGAGGGGUUAUGGGAAUGGCGUCCGUCCGUCUGUAAAAAUUGUAUCAACUCCAUUAACUAAAAGCCUUGAAGGGUUUUCAUGAAACUUUGGUCAAAUGAUCACCUUAUCAAGACAAUGUGCAGAACUCCUGAGUCAGCCAUGUCGGCUCAAGAUCAAGGUGACAACUCAAGGUCAAAGGUUUGAGCCUUCCAUUUUGUGUCCGCUCUGUAUCUCCUAAACCCCUUGAAGGAUUUUCAUGAAACUUGGGUCAAAUGAUCACCUCAUCAAAAGGAUGUGCAGAACUUAUUAGUCAGCCAUGUUGGCUCAAGGUCAAGGUCACAACUCAAGGUCAAAGGUUUGAGGACUAUAAAAUAUACUUAAGAAUGUCAGUUUUCCCAACCAAUCUCAUCUCAGUAUCCAUAACAGCAUUGGGGGAUAUAGCUGUCUUUCAGACUGCCUUGUUCUGCUUAAUUAUUUUUUAUAAAUUGACUACAGUUUGUUUUGUGAACGUUCACUCAAAUGUCUGCUAAUAAAAGUUCUGAAGACUCGUCACUAUGAUGCAAUACUAAAGGUUUUCAGAAUUUUACAGUAUUACGCAAUAUUAACAAAGGUAACUCAGAUUUUUAAAGGUUUUAAUGAUAAUACUGUAGAGUUAGUUUCAGACAUAAAACUUAAUGAAUCUGGCCACUAUAUUGUAUUUAAUUUUUAUUUUUCACAGUUGACAUGAGGCAAGCCUCCUUAUGUAUUUUUCUCAUACCACAGAAAAAGUACAAAUACAAAAUACUUGUAGUUGUACUACCCUCCUCAUUAGUACAUAUUUCUCAUUGUAUAUAGAAUGCAGUUGUGUUAAUACUACAUCAGUAAUAAAAGUCAUUAAUGUA